AACGGAGCGGCAAAGACCUCUGGCAAGCCACCGAGUCGCAGAGGAUCAAGGCGUGCCAAGCAGUACAAGAGCAAAGUUGUACCGGCUUCUCGCUCGCUUCUCGCUUCUCGCCUCGACCUCCCCCCUAUCCCACCUGUCCAAUCACCGGUCGUGAGGUGUUGGUGGCCAGCGAGCGCUUGCCAUUCGCACUCGGGCGGGAAGCAGCGUGGAAGGCGGUCGACUGUGGUGACAAGACAGGCAGGAACAGAAGGAGUCCACCGAGCGGAAGGAGGGUGUGACAGGACCGUGUAAGGUACCACGCCUGGGUUCAACUUGGCACCACGCCUGGGUUCAACUUGGCCGUGUGAGGCGCGUGCUGCUGCUGUGCGGUGAGCGUCUUGGCUGGAGAGUAUGGCCUCGUGGGUCUUUGACGCUUGCGAGGUGACGCCCAUGGCGGCUGUCGAGCCGGCUGCGAUCGAGGCUGGCGAGAGCUGCAGAGAUGGGGUGGGGGAGCUGGGUGCAGGAAUGACCGGUAGAGAGGGCGGCUUGCCCUGCAAGGGUGUUGUGGCGGUGGUUGUGGCGUCGGCGAUGGGCCUGAAGCUGUGCAGAGUGGACGCUGUAGGGGGCGGCCUGGUGCACGCGUCCCAGAUGGUAGUGCCUGACGGCCCGGCGGCACAGGGGGUGGCGAGGGCGGUAGCGUCGGUUGUCGGCCGCCGACGAGCUGCGCGACUUGCACAUCGGGUGUGGGCUGUGCUGGACUCGGGCGUGCUGACGGCGUGGGACGUGGUCUGGGCGCCCGCACAUGAUGAUGAGAGUGACGCCGAGCUCCGUUACGUCCACGCCGACUGGGUGCUGGUACUUCCAGUUGGAUUUGGCAUGCCAACGGCACUGGAGAUGGUGGUGACGGAAGCUGGAAUGGUACUGGCGGUUGCGGCGUCGUCGAGCGGCAAGAUGGCGAUGGCGGAUGUGACCGCACCCGAGUCGGCGGUGUGGGUGGCGGAGGCGCGCGCCGGGAUUGGGCGGAUCAACGCACUGGCGAAGCUCCCACUGGUCCCGGGCUCAUGGUCAGACGGAGUGCGGGGAAUGCUCAGUGUGGUGGGGCAGGGCAUCGAGCUGCAAGUGUGGCAGAUAACGGCGCAGGUUGCGGGUAGCAGCAUUGCGAGCGGCAUGACGCUGGAGUGGGAGCUCACGUUGCACUGCGAACACGUCCUACCCGACUCGGCGCUGGUUGAGGCCAUUGCGGCGCGAAUCUCGCGGGAUGACGAGGGCGUAGUUGAGGUUGUGCUCGGCACCGAUGCGGGCGCGAGCCUUCUGCGGCUCGAGUGCGAGUAUGGCAAGGUUGUGAGCGUGGCGAGCUUGCCAGCGGAUGACGCGGGCGCUGCAGUGUUCGCAGCAUGCUUCUCACCCGAGGGCGUGUUCGCGGCCGUGGGAACCGCCAGUGGUGAUGUUGAGCUGCUCUCGAUCUAUCCGUCUUGCGCAACCGGAGCGCGCGUUGGGCGGCUGCGGCCGCGGUACCGUCUUGAUGCCGAGGUCAUGGCGGUGGUGCCGACGACAAGCGGGGCGCUUGUGGCGUGGUCGUCGCAAUGGGAGGAGAUGCGCAUCCUGGCACCCCCGCAGUGGUGCGAGUGGCGUCCAGAGCGCUCGCAUGCCUUUCCGCCACAUGUGGCGCGGACCGCACGGUUCAUCCUGUAUCUCAAGCAGAAAGCUGACGCGGCUGCCAUCGAGCGCGACGCCGUCGACGCGGGCGCGGACCCAGCACUGCAGCGGGUGACGCUGACGGAUCUCCCGACCGAGGUUCUGUUCCGAAUCCUCGUGUACGUUUGCGGAGUGACUCUGGUCGUCGAUAAUGUGUGGGUGUAGGUGACAGAGUAGAUGUUGCUAGGUG